CGGGGAUCCUCCCCGGGACCCCCGGCGGGAGGCUGCGGCUUCCCUCCCUCCCGCACCGCCCUCGGGCCCCGCCGGACUAAACCCCGCCACCGCCGCCGGACAGAUGCCCAGGGGCCGCAGCAGGGGCUAGCUGGCGGCCGGUCCUUGGAUGGCCCUCGCCGACGGCGGCUGGUGCGUGGCGAAGAGGCGCGGGUCCGGAGGCGCGGACGGCGGCCAGUCCUGCCCCUUCCCGGCGCGGGAGCCCCGCACCUCCCCGCCGGACCCUCGGGCCGGCCCGCCUCCGGCCUCGUCGUCGUCGUCGGCGGCGGCGGUCUCCUCGGCCUCGUGCUGCUGCUCCUCCUCCUCCUCCUCGUCGUCGUCGUCCCCUCGCCGGGGCCCGCCGCCCCUCGACGCCUUGGAGCCCGGGCCGGGUCCGUCCCCGGGUGCGGCCGCCGCGCUGUCCGGCUGGGAGGACCCGCUGCCCUUCUCCGACCUCGACCCCAAGCUGCUGUGGUCGGGCCGCGGCGCCAAGCUGAGCCCGCUGCGGGGCCCGGAGCGCGGGCCGGCGCGGGGGCCGGAGCGGGGCCCGGCGGAGGAGCCCAUGUACCCGGCGCUGGCCCUGCCCGGGCCCGGCCCGGCCCCCUACGAGGGCGCGGCGGGGGGCUUCGUCCACUCGGCGGCGGCGGCGGCGGCGGCGGCGGCGGCGGCGGCGGCGGCGGCGGCGGCCGCCAGCUCCCCGGUCUAUGUGCCCACGACGCGCGUGGGGUCGGUGCUGCCCGCGCUGCCCUACCUGCCGCCCGCCGCCGGCGCCCCGGCCCACGCGGCCAACGCCCACCCGGGCUGGCCGCCGCCGGCCCCCGACAGCCCCCCGUACGGGGGCACCGGGGCCGGGCCCGUCCCCGGGGCCGCGGGACCGGCCGGGGGCGGGGGGCCCGGGGCCCACGGCUCGCGCUUCCCCUACGCCCCCAGCCCGCCGGUGCCCAGCGCGGCCGCCCGCGACCCCGGGGCCUACGGGGCCGGGGCGGCGGGGCUGGGGGCCCUGGGCGGCCGGGACCCCCAGUACGGCCCGCUGGCCGCCGCCCGGCCCCUCAACGGGUCCUACCACCCGCCCCCGGCCCCGCACCCCGGCUCCUACGCGCCCUACGUGGGCGCCUCGCUGCCUCCGGCCUGGCCCUCCGGCCCCUUCGACGGGCCGGUCCUCCACAGCCUGCAGAGCCGCGCCGGGGCCCCGCUCGGACUGGCCCGGGGACCCGCCGCCGAUCUGCUGGACGAUCUGUCCGAGAGCCGGGAGUGCGUCAACUGUGGCUCCAUUCAGACCCCGCUGUGGCGGAGGGACGGGACGGGCCACUACCUAUGCAACGCCUGCGGCUUGUACAGCAAGAUGAACGGCCUCAGCCGGCCUCUCAUCAAACCCCAAAAGCGAGUGCCUUCGUCGCGGCGGCUUGGCUUGUCCUGUGCCAACUGCCACACCUCCACCACCACCCUGUGGCGUCGGAAUGCAGAGGGAGAACCGGUGUGCAACGCAUGCGGGCUGUACAUGAAGCUCCACGGGGUCCCUCGGCCGCUCGCUAUGAAAAAGGAGGGGAUCCAGACCAGGAAGCGGAAACCGAAAAACAUAAACAAGGCCAAGUCGUGCUCGGGGCCCGGCAACAGUGCGGUCCCGAUGACCCCGACGUCCACAUCUUCAACCAAUUCAGAUGACUGCAGCAAAAACGCAUCUCCCACCACGCAGACCGCAGCCUCGGGGGCGGGCUCGGCCACCAUGUCUGGUGCUGGAGAGACCCGGAGUCCAGAAAGCAGCGCACUCAAAUAUUCAGGUCAACAGGGGCUGUUCCCGGGAGUCAGCCUGACGUCCACGGCCGAGGUGACAGCCUCUGUGAGACAGGAGUCCUGGUGCGCCCUAGCGCUGGCUUGAUCCAACCGAGAAGGAGGUGGGACGUAUCCAGGGGAAGGGCCGGAGCCCCCCAGCAAAGUCCGCGCCUUUUGUUUUGUUUUGUUGAGCAGCCUAAGCAGCAGCCAGGGGGCCGGUAGACCCCCGCCUCUGGCCUGUUACUGUGCCUUGAAUCCCAAGAGGCUCUACCUGACCACGCUCCCCCUCUCUGUGAGAGAAAUGAGAGAAGGCGGAUCUCGUCGGGGGAAAAGCUGAUCCAGCUCAAGAGGAACCCGGCCACCCCGUCCGCUGUGAGGCCCCACAACGUAUUGCUCACGGAUCCAGGCCACCAGCCGCCGCCUCCAUCUUGGGGCUGGCUGCCCCUUCCCCACCCCUCCCACACCGCGUGCGGCUGGGCCGAUCGAGGAUGGACCGAAGGCUUUUCGCCCCGUGGGACCCCGAGACGGGGAGGGAGGGAGAGGGAAACUUUGACAAAGGACCGAGUGGGUAUCCUGAGCUCGACAUUUUACGCCCUCGGAAAGGUCAGUUCGUGGUCGAUUCACUCUGUGGACUCUGGGAUUUCUCUAAUUUUCCCGCAUCUGGGUUCUCGGGCGCCUUGUGAAGGGAAUCAAAUCGAAGUCGCCGUGAUAGGUACAGGUCUCUCAAGGUGGAGUCGGUUAAGGAGGUCUUGUGUCUAAAACGCGACUCGCUCUGCAGGCUGCAUUGUAACUUUGUAACGUACACUGUGACUGAGGUUUUGGAAGUUCGUGUUGUGAGGCCGAUCUGUCGUCGGUCGGAAUUUGUAAACAGGGUAGCAAACGAGAUAUUUUUCUUCCAUAUAUACAAUAAUUUUUUAAAAGUGCAAUUUGUGUUGCAGCAAUCAGUGUUAAAUCAUUUGCAUAAGAUUUAACCACUUUUUUAUAAUGAAUGUAAACCUUUUAACUUAAUGGUACUUAAAUAAUUUAAAAAGAAAAAAGUUAACUAGACCUCCUUUGGCUUUUUUAUUGCCACGAAAAGCAUCCCAUUUCCCCUCUUUCCAAUUAUUAGAGAAAAAUACUUCAAGAACAAAUCUCUCAGGAAAAUGGCCUUUAUCCAUUUGUUUGUUUUAUACCGAAACGCAAAGAUCUCCAUUAUCGUCCUCUGGAAUAUGUGCUGGAAUGAUAGAAAAAUUGCAGUGAAACUUUACUACCUAACUGACACGUUUGUAAAUACUCCAUAAGAUAUAGAGGCAUCUCUAAGUUUUAGGGGGCAAUCUGUACCAUGGGACCGACCCGUAGUGGGUGGUUGGUUUACAUUUUUCAAAAUGGGAUGUUGUUUGGAACGUUAUUCUGUUAUCAGAGUUUUAAAAAUAAAAGGGUAUUGUUUUUUCUUUA